UAAAUAGCGGCCUCACUUCUCUGGCUCCUCUCUGCACCCUCCCCGCCUUUCCAACAACAUGCAUCUCGCCAGUUCGCUCAGGUCCUGCUGCCUCCUACUGCUCCUGGGGGCUCUGCCAGCAUGGGCAGCCCACGAUGAUCCCCUUGAGAAGGUCAUAGAAGGGUUCAGCCGAGGGCUGAGCAACGCAGAGAGAGAGGUGGGCAAGGCCCUUGAAGGCAUCAAUAAUGGAAUCACUCAAGCUGGAAGGGAAGUGGAAAAAGUUAUUAAUGGACUUAGCAACAUGGGGAGCCAGGCUGGCAAGGAUUUGGACCGUGGCUUGGACAAGGUAGCCCAUGGCAUCAACAAUGGCGUCGGACAUGCAGAAAAGGAAGCAGAGAAGUUAACCCAUGGGGUCAACCACGCCGCUGGACAGGUUGGGAAGGAGACAGACAAAAUCAUCCAUCAUGGGGUUCAUCACGGGGUCAACCAGGCGGGCAAUGAAGCAGGGAGGUUUGCUCAGGGGACCCACCAUGGUUGGGGGCAGGCUGGAAAUGAGGCUGGGAGGUUGGGACAGGGGGCUCACCAUGCUCUUGGUCAGGGUGGGAAGCAGACAGAGAAAUUAGGUCAAGGGGCUCACCAUGCUCUUGGUCAGGGUGGGAAGCAGACAGAGAAAUUAGGUCAAGGGGCUCACCAUGCUCUUGGUCAGGGUGGGAAGCAGACAGAGAAAUUAGGUCAAGGGGUCCACCAUGCUCUUGGUCAGGGUGAGAAGGAGGUAGAGAAGUUUGGUCAAGGGGUCCAUCAUGCUCUUGGUCAGGGUGAGAAGGAGGUAGAGAAGUUUGGUCAAGGGGUCCACCAUGCUCUUGGUCAGGGUGGGAAGCAGACAGAGAAAUUAGGUCAAGGGGCCCACCAUGCUCUUGGUCAGGGUGGGAAGCAGACAGAGAAAUUAGGUCAAGGGGCUCACCAUGCUCUUGGUCAGGGUGGGAAGCAGACAGAGAAAUUAGGUCAAGGGGCUCAUCAUGCUCUUGGUCAGGGUGGGAAGCAGACAGAGAAAUUAAGUCAAGGGGCCCACAAUGCCUUUGGUCAGCCUGGGAGACAAGCAGAAAAAUUUGGUCAGGAUGGUCACCAUGCGUUUGGUCAGCCUUCGAAGGAAGUAGAGAAGUUUGGUCAAGGGGUUCACAAUGCUUUUGGUCAGGCUGAGAAGGGGGCAGAGAAAUUGGGUCAAGGAGUCCACCAUGCUUUUGGUCAGGCUGGAAAAGAAGGAGGGAAUGUUGGUCAAGGGGUCCACAAUGCCUUUGGUCAGGCUGGGAGGGAAGGAGGGAAAGUGGUGCAAGGGGUCAAUCAGGGACUUAGCCAUGCUGCAAUGGAGGCACAGCAGUUUGCCCAUGGUCAUGGCCAUGGUUAUUAUGCUGCAGGGCAGCCUUGGCAAGAGGGAGUCAACCAGGCUGGGAAGGAGAUGGAGCAUUUUGGCCAGGGUGUCCACCAUACCAUUGACCAGGCUGGGAAGGAGAUGGAAAAGGUGGUCCAAGGGGUCCAGACUGGGGUCAACCAGGCUGAGAAGGAGGCAGAGAAAGUGGGUCAAGGGGUCAACUCUGGGAUCAACCAGGCCAGGAAGGAGGCAGAGAAAGUUGGCCAAGGGGUCCACACUGGGGUCAACCAGGCCGAGAAGGAGGCAGAGAAAGUUGGCCAAGCGGUCAACUAUGCUGCUGGCCAGGCCGAAAAGGAAGCGGAGAAGCUUGGCCAAGGUGUCCACCAUGCUGCUGGCCAGGCCGGGAAGGAAAUGGACAGGUGGCAGCAAGAUGUUCAUAAUGGGGUCAACCAAGCCAGCAAGGAGGCCAACCAGCUGCUGAAUGGCGCUCAUCAAGGCGGGCACGCAGGCCAACACGGAGGGGCCGCAACCACUACAUUAGCAUCUGGGGCCUCGGUCAACAAGCCAUUUAUCAACUUCCCAGCUCUGUGGAGGAGUAUCGCCGCCAUCAUGCCCUAAACUGAUGCCCAGGCAACACAGAAUGUUCAUGUUGUCACAUCAGCUGAAAUGGCCUGGAGGAGCUGGGGGUGGGGGAGAGCUUCCUGGGUGUCCUUAGCGGGGGCUGCUUUGAGCUUUGUGAAUAAACACGAACACG